AUGGCGGCCGUGAAGGCGUCGGAGGCGCGCGGGGACCCGCCACUGCUGCGGGCGGUGGAGCUGGCCCGCGUCGUCGCUGGGGAGGGCGCGGGGAUCCCCAGCGCGGACCUGGCGGGGAUUCUCGUCUCCAACCUCUGCUUCGCGCACAACUCGCCCUCGCUCUGGAAGCUCGUCGGCCAGGCCAUGGCCUCCCGCCUCCUCUGCCCGCUCCAUGUGCUCGCGCUCCUCACCCCCAGGGUGCUCCCGCAGCGGCGAGCGCAGCCUGAGGCGUAUCGGCUCUACCUGGAGCUCAUGAAGUGUAACGUCACGUCCUCUUCGCUGUUUAUGGUGGCCGGGCCUAAUCGUGACAAGAUAACGAAGUCCACUGCUGAUGCUUUGCAACUAUCAAAGAUUUAUGGAUAUUGUGGAACAGAAUUUGGGCAUGUUGUCAUUAUGUUUGUGUUGGCAGUUGUCACCAAACUGAUUGAUAGCAUACUUGAGGACUGUGGCUUUCCAUCUGGUAUGGCAGAGGGGCAAGAGAGUGUAUAUGCCAUUGAAGGGCCACAGCCUAUGGACUUAGAUGUCAAAAUGGUCUCUACGGAGAACCAAAAUGAGCAUCGCGAACAGUUACGCCGGAAGAACACUGUCAUGACCUUGGAUGUGCUGCAUAUGAUGGUUGCUGAUAGAAAGAUUCAAUCAUUUCUGCGCUUGAUAUUCCUGAACAUGCCUGAAAAGUUCAGUUCUCUAAGCCAGAGGUUGAGUUCUAUUGAAGCUCACAAGGUGGCCUUGGAGACUCUACUGCCUUCUGGACACAAAAUUAAUGACUUGUUAACAGAUAUUCGGAGAGUCUGCAAUGCAAACUAUCAACCAAAUAACAAGCAUAUUGUGGAUGUUCUUGGUAAUAUGAGAUCUGGUGGCUCUCUACUGGGCCAAGUUACUGGAGCUGGGAGGGCUGCCUGCUGGAUAAUAUUUGAUAUUUAUGUGGAAAAUGCAAUUGACGGGAAGCAUCUAAGUGGUAUAUCAGCUAUUGAGGUUUUAAAAGAAAUGACGAAGACACUGCAAGUACUUAAUGAGGCAAGCUGGCAGGAAACAUUUAAAGCUCUUUGGAUUUCCGCCCUUCGUCUCGUACAGCGGGCUAGAGAACCUCUUGAAGGACCAAUUCCUCAUCUAGAUGCGAGGUUAUGCAUGUUGUUAGCUCUUAUGCCACUAUCGGUUGCUGCAAUUCUUAAAGAAGAAAGUGAUAUGUUCGGAGCUGAAGGAAGCAAAAUUCUUCCACGAAGACAAGGGCUCAUAUCUUCUCUCCAGGAUCUGAUCCAGUAUUCAGGACUUCUUGUGCCACCUUCAUCAGUGGUGAAUGCAGCUAAUGCUGCAGCCUCGAAAGCGGCAAUAUUCAAGGCCAAUUAUAAUGCUGGGGUUGUUAACUCUAGCAUGGUGGCCCAGACUGACUCUUCGACGAAAGCUGUUGGGAAUAUGCUCCAUCUUAUUAUUGAGGCCUGUAUCUCGAGAAAUUUGAUUGAUACAUCUGCUUACUUAUGGCCUGGUUAUGUUGUAUCAUCUGGGCCUUUGAAAGAUACAACUUUACCCCAAGAAUCGCCGUGGUUAAACUUUAUUAAAGGGGCUCCACUUUCUGGUCCAUUUAUUGAUGCUCUGGUCGCUACCCCUGCUUCAAGUGUUGGGGAAUUGGACAAAUUAUACAAUAUAGCAGCAAAUGGUUCAGAAGAAGAAAAAACAGCUGCUGCCAAGAUUCUUUGCGGCGCAUCACUUGUCCGUGGCUGGAACAUUCAGGAACAUGUGGUUGGUAUGGUGGUCAAGCUAUUAUCAGCUUCUUUGCCCUCAGAUUCCUCAACCUCAACACCUGGGAGCAUGAACCACUACCUUGCUCAGAUGUCUACAUUAAAUGAAAUCUUACUCGGUGUUUCUUAUGGUGAUGCCAUCCAUAUUCUUUCGUUGUAUGGAAUGGUCCCUGAUGUUGCUGCAGCUUUGAUGCCACUAUGUGAAGCGUUUGGGUCAAUAGCACCCCCACCUAACCACAAGUCCACCAUCCUUGGUGAAACAUCUGUUUAUUCAGUCUUCUCUUGUGCAUUUCUUUGUCUCCUUCGCUUGUGGAAGUUUUAUAAGCCUCCUCAAGAGUACUGUCUUGCUGGUCGUGGAGGCUCAGUAAGACUGGAACUUACUCUGGACUAUCUGUUGUUGAUGCGCAAUAACCGCAUUGACUUCUCAAAUUCAUCUGCCCCUAGUAGGGAUUCUUACAACGAUAUGGGCUCAGUCAACGAGGUCCCUGCUCAACCGGUUUAUAUUGAUUCUUUUCCCAAGUUAAGGGCUUGGUAUUUCCAGAACCAAGCUUGCAUAGCAUCUACCCUUUCUGGUCUUUGCAACAAAAACCCCGUCCAUCAAGUUGCAAACAAAAUUUUGAGUAUGAUUUGCCGAAAAAUGAAUAAAGGUGGGGUAUCAUCUGGUAAUCUUUCAUCCACUUCUAGUAGUAGUGUCAGUGGUUCCUCUGUAAAUGCAUCAGAUGAUUCUUUCCAAAGGCCUGCAGUUCCUGCAUGGGAAUUUUUAGAAGCUGUUCCUUUUGUCCUUGAAGCUGUUCUUACAGCAUGUGCUCAUGAGAGACUUUCCAGCCGAGACUUGACUACAAGCCUAAGGGAUCUAGUGGACUUUUUGCCUGCUUCUCUUGCUGCGAUUGUUAGCUACUUCUCAGCAGAAAUUACACGAGGAAUCUGGAAAACUGUCCCAAUGAAUGGAAUUGAAUGGCCUAGCCCUGGUGCUUCUCUUCAUUCCAUUGAAGCUGAAAUAAAGGAAAUUCUUGCAUCUGCUGGUGUUCAGAUUCACAGCUGCUAUCCACGUGGUGUGCCGCCAAUGCUUCCUUUACCGAUGGCUGUGCUUGUCAGCUUGACAAUUACAUUUAAGCUAGAUAGGAGUUUGGAGUACAUUCAAGGAGUCAUUGGACAAGCAUUAGAGAACUGUGCAGGGGGGAGUUCCUGGCCGAGCAUGCCCAUUAUUGGGGCAUUAUGGACACAGAAAGUGCGAAGAUGGCAUGACUUCAUCGUCCUCUCUUGUUUGCGUUCUCCAUUUGGCAGAGACAAAGAUGCAGUUGCGCAACUUGUCCAAAGUUGCUUUUCGUCCUUUCUGCAGUCAUCAUCCAGUGGUUCUGACAUAACUGCAAAUCGUGGAGUCGGGGCUUUACUUGGGGACUCGAUCACGAAUCAAGGUCUUAGGCUCCCGAUGGCACCUGGUUUCAUCUACCUGAGAACAUGUCAAACAUUCCACGACACUUACUUUGUCAGUGAAGUGAUCCUCAAGCAAGUGAUUGAGUGGUCCCACAAACUUGCAAAUGGAUGGUCUUUUAACGGGCCUCCGCAGUUGAAGUCAGGGCGGACAUCAUUAUCUUGUGCAGCCUCCAUGGCUCACCAGGUCGCGAUGCUUGGUGGGGGGCUCCUAUGCAUUGCAGGUGGACCACUUGUGGUCCAGGUGUUGUAUGAGGAAACAUUGCCAACACUGCUGCUAUCAGCCAGAGAACAGAGUUUGAAAGACCCUGGGCCAGUUUCUAGCACACUCCAAGGUUAUGCCAUGGCCAACAUGCUUUUCUUCUGUGGCAGCCUGCUUUGGGGUGCGGAUAGGACUUCUCCUGUCAUGAAAUUGUCUUUCCUCUCAAGGAGGCCACGAGUGGUGGGAACACACAUGGAUUUCAUAGCUGGUGUAUUGGAUGGACACAUUCUCCUGGGCUGCGACCCGGGUACCUGGAAAGCAUAUGUGUCACGCUUUGUGUUCCUGGUGGUGAAGUUUGUUCCAUCAUGGUUGCGUGACAUAAAACUGGACACGCUAAAGAAGAUAGCAGCUGGGCUUCGGAGUUGGCGUGAACAUGACCUUGCUCUGUCUCUUCUUGAGCGAGGGGGACCGCAGGCAAUCUCUGUUGUAGUCGAGACGAUGUUGUGAUCCUGCAGUUUGGACAUUUUGCCCCCCCCACCUAGUAACAAUGACAUAGCCUUCGUUGCUGGAGUUGAGGGUUUGAGCCUUUUGAGGUUAGUGAUAUGAGGUUUAGUUCCAGAAUUCCCAUCAGGAUGGCUGAACUUUUUUCAUGUAUGGCGAGCCCAUCAGGGUUUACGGGAAUCUCCAAUAACGAAGAGCAUGCAACCUACUAGGGACUGCAUUAACUUAAGCCCUAACAUGUAACAUAUGGGAAAUUCUACUGAACAUCUGUAUUUUUUUUAGUUCUGCCCCCUCUCGAAGUCUAAAGCAUCACUGGCAGUUGGGAGUGAAGUGCUGAAGUUGUUGCAAUUUGCAAGUCAUCGUGUUGCUUCUCUGUGUUGACAUGGGACCACAUAAUAAUGUGUACUUAAACCAUCUAACACCUAAAUUUGAUGAAAUUGAUGCCGAGCUGACCCUGA